AAUGCAAAAGUCAAUCUCACAUAAUAUAACAGAGUGUCUAAAAACAAAUGAACCCAGAAAGUCAUCAGAAUCAGUUUUAUUAGCAAAGUUUGCAGCAUACAAAGACUGUCUUGGCUUUUGUUUGCACAAGUGUAACAGAAGAAUGAAAAUAGAACAAAAGUAAGGUAAUAAUAAUAAAAGCAAAGUAAUAUUAAAAUUGAAUUAAACAUUUUAAACCUGGGGGUGAGACAGUAGAGAGGGGGAAGUACAACAUUGAUUGUAGUUACAGGAAGAAAGAGACUUUACUGUCAGGUAUCCCCCCCCCAGACCGACGAAAUCACUGACGUCAAAUCACUGACAUCUGUAGUCAAAAAGGAAGUAAGGUCAUAUUUAAAUUAGGCCAGCCCUCAUCCUGUCUGCACUGCCAAGUGUCAAGUCAGGAUGUCAUUUGCAAACAAUGCUAGAAUGAUGAAGGUUUUGUCAUCUGUCUACCUUCAAGUUUUCCAUUUGGUUCUGCUGCUGCCAUUUUCAUCUGAAAAUAACUCAUGUCAAGCCAAUGGAACCAGAGGAGCUCCGUGGCUCUGGAGAUGCCAUCACACCUUCAGUAAACCGUUCCAACCAGAGAAAAGUUUUAUAUACUGGCAAGGUCAAGAUAAUUCUGGCCUUGUUGUAUAUAUGUACAAUAAAGGAAAGCCAGACUUAAAGCACCAAAGCCAGUCAUUUAAAAAUAGAACCAAAAUCUUCCCUGAUCAAUUACAUGAUGGAAAUUUAUCACUUGUUAUUGAGGAAUUGAUACUGAAAGAUGAUCAAACCUCCCUUGAAGUCAUUUUCAACUCACCAUCCGAAUCAACAAAGAAGCUCUGCCAGACCACUGUGUGUGUAGCAGCUCCUUUCCAGGAACCAAAACUUGAGAUAAAUCAAUCAAAUAAGACAGCAACCUGCAGCACAAAGGGGGGUUACCCUAAACCUGAAAUCAAAUGGACUUCCCAGGGCGGACAGAAUCAAUCAGAACGUACACUGGAACAACAUGAAGUACAGACGACUAUGACCUCUGAAGAAGACGGCACUUACAGUACCAGCAGCACAGCCAACAUCACAGGGUCACAGAGAGUGACCUGCAGAGUUCACAACCCCACUUCAAACCAGACACUGAGUGUAACUAAAGAUACGACACUCGAGACUCCAGAAAAAAGACAUGAUCUUGGAAUUGGAAUUGGAUUUGUUGUUGCCCUUGUUUGUGUUGUGGCGCUGAUUGUCAUCCUGUAUCUGCACCGUAGAAGAACAUCAAACUGGAGUCCUCAGCCAACAGCAAACCCAUCCGGCUCAUCAGCAAGUGGAGGCUCAGCUGGAGGAAAUGCCGGUGAAGCUCCUUCCAACAUGCAGAAUAGAAAUGUUGAAAGUGCUGAUGAAAGUGAACCUGAGACAGUCAAUUUGCUACCAGGGCAUCAGUCUGCACUUUACUGUUUGCCAGUGAGGAGGGAUGGUGCCACAGCAAGUGCGACCAAUGAAGACUCUUCUGCUUCUGAGGAAACAAAUGACCGCAAGAAAGAUGCAGACGAAACAAAAACCACAGAGAGUGACAAAGACAAAUAAGAGUCAGCGGUAUGAAUGGAGCCGAUGUUUUGUACUUUAACCUGUUUUGUGCAGCUCAAUCAAACUCUGGUACAUUUCUCUGGUUCAUAUAAUACUUAUUAAAUACAUUGAACAUGUUUCCUCCUGGACAACUUUUCAGGCU